AUGGACGCAGCCAAUGCGGGGCAGGGCCAUCGCCGCAAUGCAUCGUCCAAGUCGGCCAUCAUGAAGUCGUGGGUCUCUUCAUCCACCAAGUCUCGUCCUGCUUCACCGGAUGACAGCAACGUCAACACCCGCACAACAACAACACACAGCGUUCCGUUGCUCCCCGGAGAUGCCCCGUCUCGCUCGUCUCGGGAAGUGCUGGGAGAACGACACAACAAUGUGCAGUCUCCUCCAUCCUCUCCCUCCAAGAAGAAUACCGCGGCGAAGAACAAAUCACCCACCAAGAAGAGCAGAGAUGGCAAGGAUAAUGACAAGGAGGCGCGGAUCAAGUCGGAGAAAUCUUCCAGUAAUCUCGCGGCCGUCUUUGCAAAGAUGAAUCGGUCUAGCAAAGACGUGUCGAGAAAUGUGGCCGCGGACAAGGACAAGGAAAACUCCACACCAUCAGUGACCUCGCCCGCGAGUAUACCACAGACUCCAAUCUGGGCUCAGUUUGCUUCUGCAGCCAGCUCCAACACAUCCAACCCACCGGGCUCGGGGUCUGAUCGUGCCGGGAGCAUCCACGAAGAAAUCGCCAGGUACACGCCUCAGAACUACUCCCCCAGCAAACAACGAAACUUCAACGGCACUCUUGAUCAACCGGGACUGCGACCUACACUCGGAAGUAGACCACAGAGCGCAUACUUCUCGGGUUCUGCCGAUAGUCUCAUGGGUGCCAUAGGGAGGAGAGUCRGCGGAGGUCGGACAAGCAUGGAUGGUAGACGGUCAGAGGAAUCAUCCCGGAGGCAGGCCGAUCAGAACAAUAGGGCGUCGCUGGAGAGAGCGGCGAUACUGCAGCGCAACUUGACGGACCGCAAGACAAGUGCCGGUAGCUCUGAGCAGCCGGCAAAGGAGAAGCUCAGUAUCAUCAAGAGAGGUGGCCGGGUCAUGGCAGCAGUUGCUGCCUUUCAAGGCAAGAAGCCGGGAGCUCAAGCUACAAAGGAGAUUGCGGAGGUUCCAUUGGACCCAAAGGCCGUCGAUGCUGCCUUUGAAUCGGUACUGGACUCUCGGAACAUCCCCGAGCCGAUGAGGCAAAAGAUGCGAACCUUGACACUCCGCGUCAAGGCAGACUUUAUCAAACAGGAUUCCGAGGCCACCAAGACGGCGACAGCAAAUCCAGUGGGGACUCUCAAUGGCGAGCCUAGUGGCAUCUAUGUCAUGUCCGGCGGUGAUGACGAGUCCGUGCCUACCAAGCAACAUGACGAUGAGGACGAUAGCAAGUCCACGAAACGAUCCAGACCGCGUAGCAGGACAUUCACAUUCUCCAGAGGAGAUCGCAAGGACAAGGGUGAUGCUUCUCCCGCCAAGAAGCAUCGAUCUCAGAGCAAGAAUAGGCCGACAUCAAUUCAGAUAUCAAAGGARCCUUGCACAAAAUCGCAAACCACACCGACAACUCCUACCGGAUCGGCGGGACGCAAGAGUUUCCUAUCUGCAAAUCCCGCGGAUUACAUCACCUACCUUCGUAAGAAUCAAGAUCCGGCAAAGGUCGAGGUCGGUCGCCUGCAUAAACUACGGAUAUUGCUGCGGAACGAGACAGUGGCAUGGGUUGAUAGCUUCAUCUCGCAGCAAGGCAUGGCCGAGAUUGUUGCUCUAUUGAACAGGAUCAUGGCCAUUGAGUGGCGAGAGGAACACGAAGACCAGCUGCUGCACGAGACAUUGCUAUGUCUGAAAGGACUUUGCACGACUGAACGAGCCAUGGCGGAACUUGAUCAAGUGGCAGAUACGCUGUUUCCAGCUUUGCUGGGCAUGUUGUUUGAUGAUGAGAAGAAAGGUCCGGCAGAGUACACGACCCGAACCAUCAUCAUCAACGUACUUUUCACGUUCCUCGCAACAGCGACAAACGCAUCCUCCGAAGUACUUGAGCAGCGCGCUCGAAGAAUCCUCGCAUACAUGGGCGAGCGUCCCGAGCCAGAGGAUGCUCGUCCCGUGGACUUCGUCCUCACUAUGCGUGUUUCCAGGCCGUACAAAGUGUGGUGCCGGGAGGUCAGCAAUGUCACCAAGGAGGUGUUCUGGAUCUUUAUCCACCAUCUGAACGUUGUGCCUCACCCUAAACCGACCAGCUCCCACUCUCAAAGUGAAGAUCCAGAAAGUGCAACUGUGCUCUCUACGACAUACAUCCAGCGACACUUUCCCGGCGCUCGACCUCCAGUCCCCGCUGCACCGUACAUUGGUGGUGUCGAGUGGGACGCCACGACAUACAUCACCGCACAUAUGGAUCUUCUCAAUGGUCUGAUUGCAUCACUCCCUACCCCGGCAGCUCGAAAUACGCUGCGCAAGGAAAUGGAAGCAUCCGGAUUCGAGAAGGUCAUGGGUGCUGUACUGAGGACUUGCAAGGAGAAGUUCUACGCGGGAGUACACUACCAAUUAAAGGCUUGGGUAGCGGCUGCGCAUGAAGAUGGCUGGCAAACGAGAUUUGUACGUGAAGGUCCUUCGCAUGAGGAAAUUGCUGAGCAGGCUAUGCGGGCAAGAAGUGCCAGUCCCAGGAAGAAGAAGAGCGAUGAUGCCCCUAAGCUUGAUGCGCCCAAAUUGGAGGCCCCAAAAUUGGACCUUGGAUUCGAGAUGAGUGGGAAGGGAGGAGACGAUGAUGAUGAUGGGUGGUUGGGAUGA